GGAAAGAGAGCAAGGUUUUGUUAUAGCGGGGCCAGUGUGCCUUGACUUCGGCUGCAUCCCGGCUGGAGUGGAUUUGGCACAAGGUCAGCUUAACAUGAUGGAGGUCGAUGGUGGAGUGCCAGAUGCAGAAUAUCUGACUGGACUGCUGACCACCUGAAAUUCUCAAUCUACUGGCAGAAAAUGGGUUAAAAUGUAUCGUAACAGUCACUGAAUCAGUGCUCAUUACAUCUCACUGCCAGUUUGAGAAACAAUGGCUGUGAAUGAAAAACAACACCUGUUCCACAACAAGAUUCCAAAAACUGAACAUUCAGAAGACAUGGUUCCCAAAUUUGAAUCUAAUACCAAACAGUUACACUAAUGGUUUAAGCCCUAACAAUCAUUUGAAUGUUCCGUCCAGGCUUAUUCCGUCCAAAGAGCCAGUGUGUACUUCCUAGUCUUUGACCUUCUGUAAACUGUGAUAUAUUGUAAUAUCUGGAAAUGGAAUCAAAAAUGAAUUCCAAAGAAGUACCCCAAAAUCUUUCCAUUAGGGCUUCUGAAAAAGUGUUGACUAAGUCCACCUCACUGGACUCUACCAUUCCACCUCAGGAAAAAGCUGUUCUCAAACGUGGAGAUGCUGUACAUGCUUCUGAUUCUGAAGAUGAUAUCAGUGAGGAAAACUUACCCGAUCCAAAAAUGUUGUUUCGGAGAAACAGUGACGCAAGAAAAUGUGUUAGUGUUCGGAAACCAUUGCGGAAUGAUUCCAAAAAUGCUCCUCAAAAUAGAGAGGCUUUCAGGAAACAGAGAAGGUUUUCAAGUCCAAACAACUGCUUUGAUUUGAACAAAUCUUUCAAUUUCGGGACUGAAUAUCAUAAAGAUACUUCAGAAAGUGCUAAAGGUGUUCCACGGACAACGAAGGGCAAUACUCUCAGUCCACGAGGAGUGAAACAGGAAGAUGUGAAACAGAGACGUGUAUCUACCAAUGCUAUUGUGACAGGAAAACAGAACAAAGACUCUGUGCCAGUAGAGUCGGUGCCAGUCUCUCCAAGAGACCAUGUGAGAAGUGUGGAAAUUCCUAAUUGUCCUAACCAGGUUGAAAAUGGUAGAAAAAUGUCCCGAGUUGAAGUGCUUCUAAGUAAUAAUUUAUUCAAGAAACACUUAUCCAACCAUGCUGAUAUUUUACAAAAACAUACCUUGUCGUCAAGGCGAUAUGGUUUGAGAAAGUCUGUGUCGAAUAUUGAUAUUUCUUGUUUGGAAUUUGGUCAAUCUGCACUGUCCAGUGUUAAUCAAACUCAGGGUUCAGGAAAAUCUGAAUCGCUAGGUAAAGAGAGCUUAGACUCAAAGAAUGAUGUCAACUCACCAAGUGCUGUUAUAUCACGGCGAUUGACUAAGCAAAUGCGAAGAACAUCGAUGUCAAGUCUAGAUAUUUCUGUGAUUGGGGAUUUUCUCAGUUCAUCACAGCCAAAUUUUAAAGAAGGUCCUAGCAAGAGGAAAAAAAUAAACAUACCAACAUUUGAAGAAUUUCGUAAACUACGAAGCUUUGUCUCCAAUAAUUGGCGAGGAAGUGCACAAAUAUCCGAGCCACCGAACCCCAAGUCUUCCACCACUGGUGAUGAUGUUUCUGGUGCUGAGAAUGUACGAGGGUUGGACACAAUAACAGAGGAUGAUCCAUCAGAACAUGAGGCAGACCAGAAUAGGUCCGUUUCAAAUCUUGCCAAAACUUUAGCUCAAUUCAAACUGAAUCAAAGUGUGCCAGUUUCUGUAUCUUCAAGUGAUAACAAUUGUAAGAUAAGUAUGGAAGAGAAAGUGUCUCAAAGUGAUGUGAGCUGUGAUACAAGGACGUUGGGCGAGAGAGAACAGUUGACAGAAGAGUCUGUGAAAUCUCACGUAUCUGUUCCCUCAGGAACUCCAUCUUGUGUAAUACAGGGAGGUAACUCUGACCCAACUCACCUGUUGGACAAUAUGGAUGUGCAAUUGGAUGAGGAUGUCAUUUUGGAGAACACUGAUGCAAUAGACUCUGCCAGAUUAUGUGACCUUGCACAAUCAUAUUCAAGAAAGCAGUCACAAGCUGGGAAGCAGUCACAUUCAGAAACGCUCUCACAAGCAGGGAAGCACUCAAAAGAAGGGCAGCUCUCACAAGCAGAGAAGCACUCACAAUCAGGAAAGCACACUAAGGAACAGCUAUACUCAGGGCCGGAGUCACAUUCAAGGGUUCAGUCACAAUCUGGACCACAGUCACAUUCAAGGGAACAGUCACAAUCUGGACCACAGUCACAUUCAAGGGAACAGUCACAAUCUGGACCACAGUCACAUUCAAGGGAACAGUCACAAUCUGGACCACAGUCACAUUCAAGGGAACAGUCACAAUCUGGACCACAGUCACAUUCAAGGGAUCAGUCACAAUCUGGGCCACAGUCACAUUCAAGGGAUCAGUCACAAUCAAGAGAACAGUCACAAUCUGGGCCACAGUCACAUGAGGAUGCUGCACAGUCACACGAGGAUGCUGCACAGUCACACGAGGAUGCUGCACAGUCACAUGACAUCAUAUUUGCCAACAAGGAUGUAAGGAGUAAAAUCAAACCAGAAACAUACACAGAAAAUGUGCAGUCGGUGCUGCGGUCAAUAUCUGAUGUGUCCAUGAUGUCGGAGGGACACAAGAAGCGGCGGGAGAGGAAGGAGCGGCCCUACAAGAGUGAGCCCUUUGCUGGUGCUGAAACCUUCGGGAACAUGGCUCACUGCUACAGGCAUGGUGGGCGUGGCCCCCUCCAGUCUACCCCCCAGAAAGAUGUACUCUCACUGCCAGGAAGUGUAUCAGGCUUGUCCGACACUCCCAGCUACCCUAGUCUGGAGGAGCUGCAGGAAGGGGAGGCAACUGAGCUUGAGAGUGACACCUCCUCUGAAGGGACGUCCAAGAUGCGAAGCAACGUCAGCACCACCAGCAAUGACAGUGGGGUCAUAGGUGGCGCAGAUGGGUCACAUGACCUCUCUUUCGACACCGUCUUUGUUGACAGCCCAAACAGCAGCCUCAACAACCUGUUUCCCCGGGCCAGCAGUUAUUCAGACAAUGAAAUCAAGAUGAAACAACAACACACAAGUAGUCCACAGGCUGGCGAGACUGAGAAUAUUCCUUGCCCUGACUGCAACCCCAGAGCGAUGCCUCCUCAGCCUGCCCCCAAUGAAGAUGUGCCUCCACCGUGCCCCUGCUGUCUCAGUAUGCGCAGCGAGAGGAGGGAGACAAUUCAGGAAAUAGUGGAAACUGAAAUCAGCUACGGAAGAGAUCUGAAGAUUCUUAGAGAUGAGUUCUACACACCAAUGAGGCAGAAUGGCAUGCUGAACAGUGAGCAGCUGGAAGUGGUGUUCACCAACCUCCAUGAGUUGAUUCAGGUCAACGAGCAGUUCCUACACAAGCUGCAGAGCGAAGUGGCCACCGCCGCCAACAACAAUGAGGAGAACCUGUCCAGUGUGUGUAUUGGCAGCCUGUUUGUGGAGUCAUCAUCUAUGUUCCUUGCUUUUGAAAACUACUGCGUCAACCAGGGUCAGGCCUCCCAGUCCCUGGAGCAGAUUGAGAAGGAGAAGGAUCUGGUGCAUGCCUUCCUCCAGGCCAUACAGCGUGACAACUCCCUCCUGCGACGUAUGCAUCUCAAGUCCUUCCUCAUGGUGCCGGUCCAGAGGAUCAUGAAGUACCCUCUCCUCCUCAGCCGGCUGUACAAGUCCACUCCGUCUCUCCACACUGACAAGGAAGAUAUCAAGGUGGCUCAGGGCAAGAUUGAAGACAUUCUCGAGCACAUUAAUGCUAAAACCAAGUUGACUGGAUCAGGUAGUUUCAGAAUCAAGAGAAAACGUUCCCAGUCUCGCAGAUAUAGCCUUACUGAGAAGAUUGAAGUCAACAGGGUCGCCAUGGAGGUGCUGGGUUGGAACAAGAAGGAGGUGAAUGACCUGAUCACGAGCCGCCUGAUGUACGCCACACCCACAGAUCACACCUGGGCUGCCAAGAGGUGCAAGAAUCUCAAGUUCACAACUAUACAUGGAGUACUUCUUACCCUGGGCCAGGCAAAGCAUGAGAAACGAGAUCGUGAACACUACUUGGUGUUCCCCAAGCCCAACUUUGUCCAGCAGGCUGCCGUGGUGCUCAUCAGGGAGAAGAACGGGAAGUACCAGCCUGUCAGGGACCCGCUGAUGUUGGACAAGUGUGUGGUGACGGUUGACCCGGACUUUGAUGAAGUGUUCGAGCUCCAUGAGUGGGGUCGAGAGGCUCUGGUCUUCAAGGCAGAGGAAGGAAGCAACACCAGGCUGUGGGUCCAACAUCUCAAACAGCAGACCCGAGACCUGGGCCAGUGGAGGAGGAGACGGAAUGCGCUGCCUAAUAUCAUGUUCAAGAACAUGGUCUGACACGUGGGCCCCGAGCCCCUGGAGGGGUGUCAUACUCACACAUGGUUGUCACAUCACCAUCUCUUCCCAGUGAUGCCUUCAUCCUGAUGGUAACACGGUCAGCCCUUGGACACAGCCCAUGAACACAGCCCUUGGACACAGCCCUUGUGUCAUCAGUCCCAAUUUUGUGGUGUUGACCCUGCCCUGAUGUGGUCAGUGAAAGAUGCUGAAGAGUCUUGUGAGCUUUGCCCGUCGUGGUAUUGCACAGGAGAACAAGACAGAGUGAAGCCAGUUCUAGUUGAGCAUAAUGGUGGAAGCCUCAGGCAGAGACUGAAGAAAUGUGCUCAGGGGAGGUUACUCUUUACAUCCAAAAUGACCAGAACUGGUUGUAAGUCGAAAGGAGGGGUAACUUGUCCCAACUGCAAAGACGUAUUUGUUACUUGAAUAGAGUGAAGCUCCAGCAUGUUUUUUGCCUUGUGUCUUGCAAACUUUCUUGCCAAUUCAAACUUGAGAGAAUAGUACAAGGUAUGAUUUAGUGUUGCCAGCACAUAUUGAUGCUUGUUUAGUGUUUAGAGGUUGCCCAAGGGGAGAUAACUCUGUCUUUGUUUGUUGGGGGAGAUUGACUCCUGGACAAGUCUUUGAGUGAUUUUUGUUUUGUUUUAGGUGAUUAUAAUUACAUAUAAAUGAUACAUUUGAAUCAUUGAGAACUGGAGAUAGCAUGACCCACUUUAAAAUAAGUAAUCUGUGAAUUGGUCAGAAAAUAAUAAUGAUGCUUUAAUGAAAGGAAUUGAAUGUUUCAAGAUGUAAAAAGAUGAUUUCUGGAAAAAUCAUUUCUUUUUCUAAAAGUGCUACAAAAGUGCUAUUUUGAUAGAUUUAAUGUCAAAUAGUCUUAAUAAGGAUAUCUUGUGAAUGACAUUUAGAUUAGUGCUUGCAAGAUUCAUUUCAAGGUCAUCAGUGAUUUUUUGAACUGGUCAAAUUGUAGGUAUUUGACAUUAAAGCAUUUGUGUAGUUUUAAUAUUAGUUGCAAGUUUAUCUAAGCAAAACUGUCAAGUAAAUUGAAGUUUAAUGUUUAUUUAAUAAAUACUGAUUUCUAAAACAAAAGUGUGACUUAUAUGGUGAUAACAAAAUGUUUAGGUGUCCAACUUAAUCUCAAGUAUACAUUGGGAUACAUUGCCAAAUAAAAAAGAGAACUUUUAGAGCUGGAAAAACAUUUUGAAUGGUGAGGUGUAUUUCUUUUUGUACAAAUUUAUGCAUGCCCAAUGAUUGAUUGAUUUUAGACGUUUAAUUCAUCAGAAGUAAUAGGUUUUUAUUUCUCGAUAAAAAUGAUUAUUUUUAGUAUCAUCAUAUGCUUAAACUGUUUGUGUGCAUGAAAAAAAUAGAAAAGAAUAUUGUGGCACUACAUGCCUUAGUCAUGUUUACAGAAAUAAUGUAUCAUGGAAUAGCUUGUAUAUAGAACAUUUGUUGCUAGACUAAUAGCAUUUCAAACUGGUGUCUAAAACUUCUAUGCACCUAAUGAAAUUGUGAAAAAGUAAUUUGACGAUUUUAUCAAUGUCAGAAUAUUUUGAACUGUGUGGAAAGUUGACAUGUGGAAUGAUAAGGAAGAAGUCCUGUUUUUUCAACACUGUUUCCCAAUAUCUAGUCGCACCUGUGCUUGCACAUUCCAAAGAAAGACUUGUACAAAUGUAUAUUUUCAUCAAGUAUAUAUACUUGAACACACUACUGUGAUAAUAUUGUGUAUAUCAGAUUCAGUCAUAUGUAUGGAAAUGUGUCAUUUAUAUUUUGAUAGUGAGCUUUGAAAAUGUACAUUCAUUUAUAUAUGUUCAUCAUGUUGUGAGCAAAAUUGGGUCUUAUGUAGACUUUCUUGAGGUGUUUAUCCAAGGUCAGAUUGUGAUGCCCUUAUUUAAAACUUACUGCAUGGCAUAAACAGAAACUUGAUGUUCUGUUGAGUGGAAGAUAUGACAAAAAUAAUGACCAUUUAUCUUGAUAUUCUUUGGGAAUUUGUCAAGUCUGUUGAGUACCUACAUAUAUUUGGUGUAUUCCAUGAAAUCAAUUGAUUUCAUCAGUGCUAUUUCUUGUUUCCAUGUUUUUUACGGAGCUAAAUGAAGAGGAAUGACCUUGCUUUAAUAUGGGUCACUUGAAAGGUCAAUGUCACAUCUAAUGCCAAUGGUAUCAAAACACAUAAUGUGAUACAUUUAUGCCUAUUUCAG